AUGGCAGGCCGGACACUAGCUCUGCGAUAUGGGCCCCCUUGGUCCCCCAUUUCUGAAACCGAGGUUCCUGGAACUUGGCCCAGCUGGCAUCUCACCAGCAGCGGGGUCGCCCACCACAGGAUCCCACCGGCACCCUUUCCUCCGCCCAUUCUACAGCCGACGGUCCUGGCACCCCUGCCCGCAGCCGUGAGGCACGACCCGCGCAUCUGGGCCUUUGACGAAGUCAUCAACAGAUGGGAAACCACCUCAGGCUCGGCACACAGGCCCAAGACACACGGCGGGCCCUGUGCCCAGCCCAAGGCAGCAGAGCAUGAGGACCCUGGGCGGGUACUUGGGAUCAAGUCUUUGGCAGAGAAGCUAAGAAGACACCAGGGUUGGGGUGUCCCCCUGGACACAAAAUACCAGAUCAGCGAGACGAAGGCAGAGCACACGGGCUGCCCAGGUCUGGACCAGAGUGCCCCCCUCUUUGUGGAGCCCCAGCCCCCGGAGCUCGUUGACCACCACCGUGGGGGCCCGUCCCAGGCCCUAAUCCCCUGGACGAGAAACCCAGAGUUGGCUGGCCAGCCCUUUACAGUGUGUAAGAUUGGUGUCCUGGGCCGCCUCCAGCCCUACCUGACCACCUCUGUACGCGACUUCUCCAGGAAAGAGCUGUCUGGACACCCUGGCCGGGACACAGUGGUGAAGUCACAGCCUCCCCGCCACCUUAAGCUGCUACCAAGGGAGCGCCUAGCUCGGGCGUGCCCAGUGCCACCGGCUGUGCCGUACCUAGGGGCCCUGCCUCUGACCCAGGAGUCUUAUGGGCCCUCGGUGCACCCGCUCCGCAAGCUGGAUCGCUUUUGCCCACUAGAGGCCCCCUGGGGAGGCCCCCACCCGAUGCCAGUGCCUGGCAUCUACAGCGUGCCCAAGGCCUACUGCACUGAGAACUCCCGCUAUGGGAGUGCCAGGGCAGAGCUGGUGUGA